UCGAGGGUCGCCCGCCCCUAGCGCUGGGCUUCCCGCCGCUAUGAAGCUCGUCAGGUUUCUCAUGAAGCUGAGCCAUGAGACUGUGACCAUCGAACUGAAGAAUGGGACACAGGUGCAUGGAACCAUCACAGGAGUGGAUGUCAGUAUGAACACACAUCUCAAGGCAGUGAAGAUGACCCUGAAGAACAGAGAACCUGUGCAGCUGGAGACACUCAGCAUUCGAGGGAAUAACAUCCGCUACUUCAUCCUGCCAGACAGUUUGCCUCUGGAUACUUUGCUGGUAGAUGUUGAACCAAAAGUCAAGUCCAAGAAAAGAGAAGCAGGUCAGUUUGUGCUUUCCCAGUCUGUGUUCUGCCUUUGUGUGCGUUUUAAUGCUCUCAACGUGAUUUCAGUGUGGCAGUAGCUGUGUUCGGCAGUUUGAUCUCAGGAGGGUUUGAUAUUGGACUGGCCAAGUCUGUCUUGCCCACCUUCUUAGCCUCCGUAGAGCCCGCUUUCAUGCGGAGUUUUGUUUGUCUCUUUUUAGUAAUGGAAGUGUUUUUAAGCAGAAGUAACUCUUAACCUAUGGCAGUCUCAAGAGUUGACACCAACAGGUGUACAUUUCCUUUUCUCUGAGUGGCUGCUGUUUCCUCAGGCCAUGUGGGGAGACUAAUUCAGUGAUACUCUGCACUGUUAAAUAUCAACUAAACAUCAGAAAAGCUUCAGGCAGUGUAUGU